AUAAAUUAGAUUCACACUUUGCAGAUAAGGAAAAUAAUAUUCAAAAUUAUUACAAAAAUGUCUUAUCAAUUCGUAAUCUUAUUGGAGCUUUCGACUAGUUUGCUAAUCACCCCCUACUCACGAACAAUAGAAAUAGGACACUAUAAAACCUGACCCUAAUUAGUACACACCAUUACUUACUCUUGGACUUUCGUACCGAACGUUCCAUACUUUAUUGAAUAUCCCUCUUGUACUUGAUAAUCGAGUAUGUCUGCAUCGAAGUCCAUUCCUAGCCAGCCGGCCAGUACACUCCAGAUGUACCGGUACGGUAACGGUAUCAAUGAGACCAGUGAAGACCAGUGGAGUCCUGAUACAACCAAUGUUAAUGGAGAUCCUGCGCCCCUACAAUGGACCACCAUCCCGCACCACAUAGUUCCGGUCAGUUCCAGUGCGUCUUACGAUGGCCCCAAGUUCUCCACGCCCGGCGUGCACACGCCCAUCGACCUAGACGAUCCCCACAGCUUCCCUCAGAUUAACGGCGUGCAGAAUGGAUACAGUAUGCUGAACACCCCGAGAAUAACUCACGGCGUCAACGGCUCAAGUGUCCUAAUGACUCCCAGUUCACAAAGCCCUAUGCUGAACGGCAGGACGUGGAUGACCCCUGUAUCCAGCACUAGCCAGUUCAUGAACCGCGCCCCAGCUUGGAACGUUACCAGAACAGGAGGCGUGAAGAAACCCAAACGCAUUCGCACAGCUUUCACAAGUCAGCAGAUGAUGGAGCUCGAACAGGAGUACGCCCGCACCCGCUACCUAGAUCGCAGCCGUCGGAUUGAACUCGCCAAGAUUUUGAAUCUCAACGAGCGCACUAUCAAAAUCUGGUUCCAAAACCGUCGCAUGAAAGAGAAGAAAGAUAGAGCUGAAAGCAUGGAGGACUCUGAAGAGACUACGGAAUCAUCUCCGGAGCACGCGAACAUACCGAUGCAAAUGUUAGUCCCUCACGACUUUCCUACGCCGGUGGCUGACGCCCUCUAUAAACAGGAAGGUGUUUAUUUGGAGCCGUAUCCUGAGACGUCGACACCGCUGCCGAUGCCGACACAGUCGUCCCUGCCUCAUGGUAUCGACAGUCAAAUGAUGAAUGGGUAUACAUAUGAGUAUCCCCAGGAUCAGCAUUUGGCUUUCGAAUACCGUCAGAUGCAGUUACAAGAGGAAGCAUCGGCCUACGGGAGCGAGAUGCAGGAGGUGCAGAUGUCUCCUCAGUUCAAGGAGGAGUCUCCUCAGCGUGAGGAUCAGGGAAUUGUAACCACUAUGCCGGCGACAGAUGUUCAAAACACUGAUAUAUCAUGGAUUAGAAAUAUUUAUCCCGACGAGGAAUGCUAA